GGACCCAGCCCCCCUCCUCGCUCGAGGACCCUUGGAAGAGCUUCCCGCUUGGGCAGGUGAAAGGCAAGCAAGGAAGAAGGAAGCCUGGAAGAUUCGCCUCAGGGUGGCAGGAGGCGGCAGCGACCGAGGCCAGAGAAGAGCCCCUUCGCCGGGCAGCCAUGUCGGCGGCGCAGGUGUCGUCCUCGCGGCGGCAGUCCUGCUACCUGUGCGACCUGCCUCGCAUGCCCUGGGCCAUGAUUUGGGAUUUCAGCGAGCCCGUCUGCCGGGGCUGCGUCAACUACGAGGGCGCCGACCGCAUCGAGUUUGUCAUCGAGACCGCUCGGCAGCUCAAGCGGGCUCACGGCUGCUUCCAGGACGGCCGCUCGCCAGGACCGCCGCCUCCGGUGGGCGUCAAAGCCGUCGCGCUGUCUGCCAAGGAAGCGGCGGCGGCGGCAGCGGCGGCGGCGGCUGCUGCCGUUCAGGGGCUUAACCAUGUGGACGCCUCCUCCUCGAAAGCACCCUCGGGCCUAGAGCGCUACGGCCUUAGCGAGCAACGAGGCCGCUUCGAGUACCCGCCGCCGCCACCUCCAGGCAGCCUGAGUGGAAGCCAUGCGGGCCGCCUCCCCAACGGCCUUGGCGGACCCAAUGGUUUCCCCAAGGCGCCGGACGACGGGCCGCCGGAGCUGAAUCGCCAGAGCCCCAACUCUUCUUCCUCCUCAUCCUCCAGGCGAGGAGCUCACGGCGGGCUGGUGAGUGGUCUCCCUUCUGGCAGCAGCGGGGCCCAGAUGAAUGUGCCACCCAACCUCUUGCCCCAGACGCUGCUCAAUGGGCCGGCCGUUUCUGGGGUGGCACUGCCCCCUCCACGAGGUCCCCCGGCUUCAUCCUCCUCUUCCUCUUCGUCCUCGUCCUCCUCGACUUCUUCCUCAGGGGACCCGUGUGGGAAGAGGCCAGGCUCUGUGUCAAGCAGCGGAGAUCAAGAGCGGGAGCUAAAGGAGAAGCAGCGCAAUGCUGAGGCACUGGCAGAGCUGAGCGAGAGCCUCCGCAAUCGUGCUGAGGAGUGGGCCAGCAAGCCAAAGCUGGUACGUGAAACACUGCUGACCUUGGCCGGUUGCACACCCUAUGAAGUGCGAUUCAAGAAGGACCAUGCGCUGCUGGGCCGCGUCUUUGCCUUUGAUGCUGUCUCUAAGCCUGGACUGGACUAUGAGCUAAAGCUGUUCAUCGAAUAUCCUAGUGGCUCCGGCACAGUGUUUUCCAGUGCCUCAGGUGUGGCCAAGCAAAUGUACCAAGACUGCAUGAAAGACUUUGGCCGUGGCCUCUCCUCAGGCUUCAAGUACCUCGAAUAUGAGAAGAAGCAUGGUUCAGGGGAUUGGCGUCUCCUGGGUGACCUCCUGCCAGAGUCAGUGCGCUUCUUCAAAGAGAUGGUGGGUGCUGAUAUGCUACCCCAGCCCUACCUUGAUGCUUCCUGCCCGAUGCUGCCCACUACUCUUAUCACAUUACCCCGGGUCCCUACCUCCUCUUCUAGUGCGGGAUCAGGUGGGCCAGCCUCUAGCCGUGGCCCUGGUGGGGGAAGUAGCAGUGCAGGCAGCAGUGGUGGCCUGCGCAAGAGGAAGGCCUCUCCAGAGCCAUCGGACUCUGCAUCGGAGGGUAGCCUCAAGUUGAGUGAUGAGCAGCAGCGACAGCAGUGGAUGGCUAGCCAGAGUGAGGCACUCAAGCUUACCAUGACUGCAGGUGGCUUUGGUGGAGUGCCACCACCUCCACCACCCUUGGGACCUCAUUCCAACCGGACCACUCCACCUGAAUCAGCCCCACAGAAUGGACAGUCUCCCAUGGCUGCACUCAUGUCAGUGGCUGAUACCCUGGGCAAUGCCCAUUCACCCAAGGAUGGCAGUUCUGUGCACUCGACCACCUCAACCCGAAGAAACAGCAGCAGCCCAGUGUCCCCUGCCUCUGUACCAGGCCAACGUCGCCUGGCUUCCCGCAAUGGGGAUCUGAACUUGCAAGUAGCCCCUCCACCUCCCAACACUCACCCUGGCAUGGACCAAGUGCACCCCCAAAACAUUCCAGACUCGCCCAUGGCCACUAGUGGACCCCUGUGCUGCACCAUUUGCCACGAACGCUUGGAAGACACACAUUUUGUGCAAUGCCCUUCGGUGCCCAGUCACAAGUUCUGCUUCCCUUGUUCUCGGGAGAGUAUCAAGGCUCAGGGGGCAACUGGUGAAGUCUAUUGCCCCAGUGGAGAGAAAUGCCCUUUAGUAGGUUCCAACGUACCUUGGGCAUUUAUGCAGGGGGAAAUUGCGACCAUUUUAGCUGGAGAUGUGAAAGUGAAAAAGGAGAGAGACCCUUGAAAUCAUAACAGCAAAUCCAAUGCUGUUUAGCCAUCUAAAGAUGUAGAAUUGUGAAUAUUCAAAAUACAUGGGACAAUACUACAAAAAGUUUAGUCUUAUGUAUAGAUCUUAUUUUCGUCGUAUGUUUCUAUAUUUUGAAACAAAGGUAUGUACCCUUCUUCAUUUGAAGGAUAGAGCUGUUCUUUUUUGUUUUGUUUUGUUAAAACAGAAUAUAAUAUUGUUUGGUCACCAUAUAAUACCUGUUUCUCAUUUCCUUGACAGUGUGUUGGCUAGGUACAUGGUUAAAUAACCUUUAGCAAUUACCUGCUGCUGGUGUGUAUUUUUGUAAAUGUAUGCACUUCUCUAAAAGAAAAAGAAAAUAUCCCUUUUCGUUUGCCAGGGCCAGUGUCAUGCCUAAAAAAUGCUACAAAGAUGGUGACAACUUAUGUUUUACAACCCCAGAAUGUUAGUAUUUCACUUUUUCUUUUCUUUCUUGUUUUUAUUUCUUUUUAUUCUUUUGCAACAUGGUAGGAUAACAUAGGAGAGACUUUUUUGUUGCAGCUUUGUAAAGUUUCAUUUUUUCUAUUGAUUGGAGAAAUUUAAAUCAUAUUUUUGUUUUGUUAAUUGUUUUUGUUUUGGCUUUAUUGAUGCACGGAAGCUUUUUAACACUAGAGCAAAAUUGCUGUAAAUGGAAAACAUGCUCUGUUUGUCCUUUAUACAUUUCUGUAGUUAACAGAACACUGUAAUGUGCCUUGGAGCUUAGUAAAUUGUAAUAAAUUCAAUUGAUAUUAAUA